AUGCUAGAGCAGGUGGGGGCAGGCUACCAAAAGGAGCCGCUGGUGGGCAAGGCGGCUUCAUCUUGCAGCCCGUUUCCCAUUGUUUGGCUGAACAGCAACAAGAGCUGUUCCUCUUUGUUUACCUUUAGGCAUUUGGACAUCUCCCGAGACCGUCUGUCUAGUUAUUAUAAAUUCAAGCUGACGCGCAAAGUUCUGAACCUUUUCGUGGAGAACCUGGUGAACCUGAUCUCACUGGACAUUUCAGGACACACCAUGCUGGAGAACUGCACCGUCCCAAACAUGGAGGAGAAGGCAAAUCAGAUCAGCACCAAUCCAGAGAAGAGCAGCAUAGCCCCCUUCCGGAACCUGAAGAGGCCGCUCCGGUUCUUGGGCCUCUUUGAUACGUCUCUUUGCCAUCUCUCGUACAUCCCAGCAUGCCAGGUGACUGGGGAUAAGAACGAAGAUCAGGUGCUGAAUGCCAUCGAAGCGUACACUGAACACCGGCAGGAGAUCACGUCACGGGCCAUCAACCACCUUUUCGACAUUGCCCGCAUUGAGCGCUGCACCCAGCUCCUCCGAGCCCUCAAGGUGAGAGCCAUGCCCUCUUUCAAGUAGGAC